UGCCCCCUGCUCCUGCGGCUCCUGCCGGCCGGCGGGAUGGCGAAGCCGCUGACGGACAGCGAGCGGCGGAAGCAGAUCAGUGUGCGCGGCCUGGCGGGGCUAGGCGACGUGGCCGAGGUGCGGAAGAGCUUCAACCGGCACCUGCACUUCACGCUGGUCAAGGACCGCAACGUGGCCACGCCGCGCGACUACUACUUCGCGUUGGCGCACACGGUGCGCGACCACCUGGUGGGCCGUUGGAUCCGCACGCAGCAGCACUACUAUGAGCGCGACCCCAAGCGCAUUUACUAUCUUUCCCUGGAAUUCUACAUGGGCCGGACACUGCAGAACACGAUGGUGAACUUGGGUCUUCAGAGUGCUUGUGAUGAAGCUAUUUAUCAGCUGGGACUGGACUUGGAGGAACUAGAGGAAAUAGAAGAGGAUGCUGGCCUGGGGAACGGAGGCCUGGGGAGGCUGGCAGCCUGUUUCCUUGAUUCGAUGGCUACCCUGGGACUGGCAGCAUAUGGCUAUGGAAUUCGCUAUGAAUUUGGGAUUUUUAACCAGAAGAUUGUGAAUGGCUGGCAGGUAGAGGAGGCUGACGACUGGCUGCGUUACGGCAACCCCUGGGAGAAGGCGCGCCCUGAGUACAUGCUUCCCGUGCACUUCUAUGGGAGAGUAGAACACACCCCGGAUGGGGUCAAGUGGCUGGACACACAGGUGGUGCUGGCCAUGCCCUACGACACGCCGGUGCCGGGCUACAGGAACAACACCGUCAAUACCAUGCGGCUGUGGUCUGCCAAGGCACCCAACGACUUCAAGCUGCAUGACUUCAACGUCGGGGACUAUAUUGAGGCUGUCUUGGAUCGGAAUUUGGCUGAGAACAUCUCCAGAGUCCUCUACCCAAACGAUAACUUCUUCGAGGGCAAGGAGCUGCGCCUGAAGCAGGAGUACUUCGUGGUGGCUGCCACCCUGCAAGACAUCAUCCGCCGCUUUAAGUCGUCCAAGUUUGGCUGCCGGGACCCCGUGAGGACCUCCUUCGAGACGUUCCCAGACAAGGUGGCCAUCCAGCUGAAUGACACCCACCCGGCCCUUGCUAUCCCUGAGCUCAUACGAAUCCUGGUGGAUGUGGAAAAGGUGGACUGGGACAAGGCCUGGGAAAUUACAAAGAAGACCUGUGCAUACACCAACCACACGGUGCUGCCCGAGGCCUUGGAGCGCUGGCCUGUGGCCAUGUUUGAGAAGCUGCUGCCGCGGCACCUGGACAUCAUCUAUGCCAUCAACCAGAGGCACCUGGACCACGUGGCGGCCCUGUUCCCUGGUGACGUGGAUCGCCUUCGGAGGAUGUCUGUGAUCGAGGAGGGGGACUGCAAGCGGAUCAACAUGGCGCACCUGUGUGUGAUUGGGUCCCAUGCCAUCAAUGGCGUGGCCAGGAUCCACUCAGAGAUCUUGAAGCAGUCUGUCUUUAAAGACUUCUAUGAGCUGGAGCCAGAGAAGUUCCAGAACAAGACAAAUGGCAUCACACCCCGCCGGUGGCUCCUGCUGUGCAACCCUGGGCUGGCUGACAUCAUUGUGGAGAAAAUUGGGGAGGGUUUCCUGACUGACCUCAGCCAACUGAAGCAGCUGCUGCCCUUGGUCACUGACGAAGGUUUCAUCAGGGAUGUGGCCAAGGUCAAACAGGAGAACAAGCUGAAGUUCUCUGCCUUCCUGGAGAAGGAGUACAAGGUAAAAAUCAACUCCUCUUCCAUGUUUGAUGUGCACGUCAAGAGGAUCCAUGAGUACAAGCGCCAGCUGCUGAACUGCCUGCACGUCAUCACCCUGUACAACCGAAUAAGGAAAGACCCAACAAAGUCCUUUGUGCCCAGGACUGUCAUGAUCGGGGGAAAGGCAGCUCCUGGUUACCACAUGGCCAAAAUGAUUAUCAAGCUGGUCACAUCCAUCGGCAGUGUCGUCAACCACGACCCCAUUGUAGGUGACAGGCUCAGAGUGAUCUUCCUGGAGAACUACCGUGUGUCCCUGGCUGAGAAAGUGAUCCCUUCUGCAGACCUGUCCCAGCAGAUCUCCACUGCGGGCACAGAGGCCUCAGGCACAGGCAACAUGAAGUUCAUGCUCAAUGGGGCCCUCACCAUCGGGACCAUGGAUGGUGCCAACGUGGAGAUGGCGGAGGAGGCGGGGGAGGAGAACCUCUUCAUCUUCGGCUUGCGGGUGGAGGAGGUGGAAGCACUGGACCAGAAAGGGUACAAUGCCAGGGAGUACUACGACCGCCUCCCCGAGCUGAGGCAGGCAGUGGACCAGAUCGGCAGUGGAUUCUUCUCUCCCAAGGAGCCUGACUGCUUCAGGGACAUUGUCAACAUGCUGAUGAACCACGACAGGUUCAAGGUGUUUGCAGACUAUGAGGCCUACAUGGAGUGUCAGGCGAAGGUGGACCAGCUAUACCGGGACCCUAAGGAGUGGACCAAGAAGGUCAUCCAGAACAUUGCGUGCUCAGGCAAGUUCUCCAGCGACAGGACCAUCACAGAGUAUGCACGGGACAUCUGGGGUGCGGAGCCCUCGGACCUGAAGAUCCCCCCACCCAACAUUCCCCGGGACUAGGUUCCCUGUGUCACUGUCCGCUCGUAGCCCACAUCCAUGCCCAGACCCUGGCCACUUCCAAGCCCUGUCCCCUCCUGGGAUCUUAUUCAGCUUUCCCAGCACUUUGCCAGCAGCCAGCGGUCCUUGCUUUUCUCACUGCUGUUUCCUGAAGGGACUGUGGAUUCUUGGGGGUGGGGCAAGGAAGGAGAGGUAUAUGGGUGUGUGAAGUUCUCACGGGUUCUCAGCAAAAGCGAGUGUGCAAAGGGUGGCCAUGGCUUCUCCAGAAACCCUCCAGGCACCUUGCUGAGCUUGAAUGCCUUAGACUGUAAGCAUGUGGGCCCUGGGUCUGUGGAAGGUGGCUGUGCUGAGCUGCCCAGCUGUGCUGCCUCCGUCCAGGACUGUGCACCUGGGUGUGGGGCGGCGUGGGGAGGUCACUUCCUGUCUCUUAAGAGAGCUGUAUUUUAAAACUUGGAAAAUUUCAGACACAUGCAGCAUACAAAACUAGAGACCAUAGUAUGACCCACACCCCAUCCUCCACAGCAUCAGCCACUGGGGGGCGUUUGGACACCCUCCUCCACUGUUUUGAAGCAAGCCCCCCGAUCCUGCAUGGUCCUGUCCUUUAGAACUUUUUGUUUUCAAAGUUUGUUUCUGCCUUUUUGCAGUAAGGCUAGUGGCUAAGUAGGAACUGUAUCGUCCAGUUUUAUGUGAAGAGGCAUUAAAAGAUGUAAACUUUAACGUUUAAAACUAAAAGGUAGUUAUUUAGCAAAAAAGCUCAAUUUAGACUGGUACAGGGGCCGAGGUGGCCCAUGUGGUGGGAAGGCUCAGAGGGUGGUGGGAGUGGCCCUGGGCCGUGUCCACGGCCUUCCUCCCCGUGGCCUGGAGUCCUGGCUUGGCCAGUGUCACAGUGGAGGAAGAUCUGGGAUGGGCAGUGUUCCCCGCUGCCCCCCACCUGCUCUCGGCUCCUGUCCAGGGCUCCUGCCCUCUGCGGUGGGGCAGGUGUAGGGUCAGCGAUGGGCUGCAACGCACUUGUGUGCCCCAGACGUGGGGACUGCGGCCCUGGGGUGGGGUGGGCUGAGACUAUGAUGGACACCUAGGGUGACUCAGGGGCAUGUCUGUCAGGCAUCCAGUGCACAUCGUGAUGCAAGGUUAGCCCAGUUUUACAGAAAAGUUAACAUCACAAAGAAUUGGAACUAGCUGAAGCUCUUCUUGUUUUAGUCACUGUAAAUUGUGCUUUUUAAGUUUUCUGAACAAAGGAGGCAGUGCCAUGUUUCCGACCUGGCUGGUGUACUCGGUGCCAGCAGGUCUCUGCCUCCGCCACGUGAGGCACCCCGCCCCCCAACCAGUGCACACAGCCUGGCCAGGAGAAGGGACCAAGCGGGCCCACGAGGGGAGCAUGGCCAGCUCUGCCACAACAGUGGGGGGGUGUGCCCUCCCUGGGGCCACCUGGCAGGUGGUGUGAGGGCUGUGUGAGAGAGGUCUCCUGACUGCUUGUGGGUACUGUGGCUCAGAGCCCCUGGGUGUUUUGGGGGGAGUGGCCAAGUUCUGGCUGUGGCUGUGUCCACCACUUGUUUGGCACACAUGCCCCACACCCCAUGGGACCAGUGUGUGACCAUCACUGCAGCACUCACUGUCACUGCCCCCUCCCCCCUUGAGAAACUCAUUAAAUCUCCGUGGCCGUG